AUGCUUUGCUCUUAUAAAUAUUGUGGUUUAUCAAAUAAAGCCUAAUCUGAUGGGGUUAUUGCUUGUCCACUAUGUUAUUAAACACGAUAUUGUUCAUCAAGAUGUAAGGAUCUCGAUUGGACUAUCGCACAUAAACUAAAUUGUAAAGGAAAAUAACAAGGGAGAUAGACAGAUGUAAAUGAUACUCAAUCCACUCUCAAAUCCAUUGGCAAAAAUAUUGAUGAUUUCGAAUUUAUAGUUAAAGAUGGUAAGUCUGAAUUAGGAAAAGGUAGUUAUGGUUAAGUCAAGCUAGUUAAAGAUCGCUAAAAUGGGUAGUUGUAUGCAAUGAAAAUAUUAAACAAAAAGAGAAUAUUUGAGUAUUGGUCGACAGAAAACCUAAAGAGAGAGAUUAAAAUUUAAAGGAGAUUAUCUCAUCCCCAUAUUGUUAAACUAUACCAUUAUUUUGAAGAUAAAGAGAAUGUCUAUUUGAUUCUGGAAUUGGCAGAAAAUGGAAGUUUAUUUGUCUAUAUUAGAAGGAGAAAAAGGUUACCAGAAAAGGAAGCCUUUGUUUAUUUCUUUUAGACCUGUCUAGGAAUUGAAUACUUACACAAGAAAAAUGUUUUGCAUAGAGAUCUAAAACCAGAAAAUCUUUUGUUGGAUAAAUAAGGAAAUAUCAAAGUUUGUGAUUUCGGAUGGUCUGCUGAAGCUAAUCAAUAAUCAAAAAGAACAACAUUCUGUGGCACUCUAGAUUAUAUGGCUCCAGAAAUGCUACUAAAUAAACCUUAUGAUUUUAAACUAGAUAUUUGGUGUUUAGGCAUCUUAUUAUAUGAACUAAUUCAUGGAUAUGCUCCCUUUAAAGGAAAAACCAAUCAAGAAAAAGGUUAGAAUAUCAUUAAUUUGUAAACAAUUGAAUUUAAUGAAACUUGUUCCUUCGAAGUUAAAGAUCUAAUUAGCAAUAUCCUUAAAACUAAUCCAGAAGAUAGAUUAUCUUUGCUUCAGAUAUUUGAACAUCCCUUUAUGAAGAGAAACUACGCGAGUUAUGGAAUUGAUUUAAAUCAAUAUCUUAAUAAAGAAGAGAAAAUUGAAAACCGAUCUUUGUCUCCAUAAUAGGAAUAAUUAAAAGCCAGAAAUUUCACCUUGCCAUAACAUAAUUCUUCACAUGAAUUAAAUCAUCCUUAAUUCUAACAUACAUUUUCAAUUUAAUCAAAAGCUUCAGUUGUACCAAAUUACAAAAGUGUAAAUUAACCAACAACUGGAACAAAUACAUCAAUAUCAACUUAUUCUUAAGAUGAUGAUUUAAAAGCCAGAGUCAGUCGGGUUUCGUAAAGGCAAUAGAUGGCUUAAUAAUAAAGAGAAAUAGGAUCAUUGAGACAAACCAAUAGUGAUCUUGGGUUUAUGGAUAGAGUGUUUUAAGCUUUAGGAUGUUUGAAUAGAGACAAGUAGUAAUAAAAUUAAUAAUUUUGA